GAGCCAGAACUCGGGCAACGGCCCCAGUGGUGUUGCUGAGGGGCUGCCUCUCCGGGCCUGGGCAUCUUUGGGAGAUUCCAGACCUUGGUUAUAGGGGAAGGUGGAGGCUGGGCAUGAAGGUGUGCCGAAAAGGAAACGUUGCUGAAUAAUAUGUUAGAAGCGUUUGCUGGACCGUAACCAAGACCAGCUACCAUAGGAACAUGGCUGUCUACACUUCCAUCUGACCCUGCAUCAAACGGUCAUUUUGCAGAUGUGAAUUCUGAGGCCCAGAGGAUCAAGUGUGGUGACAAAGGUCAGGCAGGUGAAAAGGAGGCACCUUGAAGCUGUCCAAAUGCCUUUCAGCCGAAUUGCUGUCUUUUUAUGUUAUAUAAUCUUUCAUUCCAUACUUUUACAUAGAAAAAGAAAAUUGAAUAUCUCCUUUCUUGACCCCAUGGCUCUUGAGUUUCAUACAUGAAAUUCCGGAUGGUGCUGGCAGAAGGUGACCACUUUCAUACAUCGAAGAAUUUAGGAAAUUAGGGGUCAGCGCCCCGCCCCAGCUCCUAAGGAGUGGCCAUCGCUCCUGUCUCAUAAUCCCUGCCCUUUGCAGAUUUGUUUCAGAGCCCUCUGUGGACAGGAUCCUAAUAGCCCCACUUCAUAGGUGAGGAGACUGAGGCGACACAGGGAAAGGACCUGGUCGCUGAUGGGGUCAGGGCUGGGACCAGAAGCCCCAGCUCCUAGCCAGAGCAGCUGCACUUCUCCAUGCUGGUUUAGUAGCCAAAGCAGGGGCAGCCCACCCAGGAACUGCCACGGGGAAAAUCCAGGUCCUAACAAAUGCUCUUCCUCAACACCGGCGUUUGAGACGUAUCUUUCCUAAUCCGAAGGAGCAACCGCUGAAAGCUGUACAUCCACGUGAUUCCAGCAAAGAAAGGGGCACUGCCCCCGGGCCAGUUACAGUAAUGUCUAGUUUAAUGCUGCAUCCCAGGAGGUCAUAGCAAUUUCUGACAAAAAGUCUUAUUUUCCUAAAUGUACCCCCUUCCAGCACGUGCCUGGAACAGCGGGGCGGGCAGUUUCCCGAGCUGGAACUACGGGCUGGUUUGUCGAUUUCACAAACCCACAGGACGGAAGUUUGGACCUGGGCUGAGUUCAGGUGAACCAGGCUCUCUUGACCCAGCGCACCUGGGCCCCCCAGUGGAGCUCGACCGCACCCUGGGCCACCAGGAGCCCCACUGGAAGGAGUUCCGCUUUGAUUUGACCCAGAUCCCAGCGGGGGAGGCGGUCACAGCGGCUGAGUUCCGGAUUUACAAGCUGCCCAGCACCCACCCGCUCAACAGGACCCUCCAUGUCAGCAUGUUCGAGGUGGUCAGGGAGCGGGCCAACAGGGAGUCUGACUUGUUCUUUUUGGAUCUUCAGACGCUCCGAGCUGGGGACGAGGGCUGGCUGGUGUUGGACGUGACAGCAGCCAGCGACCGCUGGUUGUUGAACCGUAACAAGGACCUGGGACUCCGGCUCUAUGUGGAAACGGAGGAUGGGCUCAGCGUGGAUCCUGGCCUGGCCGGUCUGCUGGGGCAACGGGCACCGCGCUCCAAACAGCCCUUCAUGGUCACUUUUUUCAGGGCGAGCUCCCGUCCUGUCCGAGCCCCUCGGGCUGUGAGGCCCCUGAAGAGGAGGCCCCUGAAGAAAACCAAUGAGCUGCCGCACCUGAACAAGCUCCCGGGGAUCUUUGAUGACGUCCACGGCUCCGACGGCCGGCAGGUUUGUCGUCGGCACGAGCUCUAUGUCAGCUUCCAGGACCUCGGCUGGCUGGACUGGGUCAUCGCCCCCCAAGGCUACUCGGCCUAUUACUGUGAGGGGGAGUGCUCCUUCCCGCUGGACUCCUGCAUGAACGCCACCAACCACGCCAUUCUGCAGUCCCUGGUGCACCUGAUGAAGCCAGACGCUGUCCCCAAGGCGUGCUGCGCGCCCACCAAGCUGAGCGCCACCUCC